CAAUGGUAACUAUAACAAUUAAAUAAAGGCUGACGCAAAACCAUAAUCUGUUCAAUAACCAAAAGGCAAAAAAGGAAAGAAAACUGGAGAAGAAACUGUUUAAUAAGUAGUAGCUACAUUAGGACCAAAUGUGGCAGGAAAUGAAUUAGUAUUUGGAGUGGCUCACAUCUUAUCUACAUGGAAUGACACUUUUAUUCAUAUCACUGAUUUGACAGGAAGAGAAACAUUAGCUAGAGUAACUGGUGGAAUGAAAGUUAAAUCAGAUAGAGAAGAAUCAUCACCAUAUGCAGCCAUGCAAGCAGCCAAAGAUGUUUAUGAGAAAUUGAAAACACUUAAAAUUAAUGCUUUACAUAUUAAAUUAAGAGCAAGAGGAGGUAUCAAAAAUAUUAAUUAUUUAUUUAGGUGUUGAUACAAGAUAACCAGGACCAGGUGCUUAAGCUGCAUUGAGAGCAUUGGCUCGUCUUGGACUUAAAAUAGGUAGAAUUGAAGAUGUUACUCCUAUACCAACUGACUCAACAAGAAGACCUGGAGGUAGAAGAGGAAGAAGAUUAUGAA